AUGUGCAACCACACCACUGUGCACUACAUCCGGACAACCCCAGGCCCCCCGGUUUUCUGUCACGCCCGUCGCCUUGCCCCGGACCGCAUGCGCAUAGCCAAAGCAGAGUUCGAAGCCAUGCUCCGGGAAGGAAUUGCGCGCCCCACCGACGGCCCAUGGGCCUCGCCACUUCACCUCGUCCCGAAGAAGACCGAAGGCUGGCAGCCCUGUGGGGACUACCGUGCCCUCAACGCCCGCACCAUUCCGGACAGGUACCCUGUUCACCAUAUACACGACUUUGCCCAUUGCAUUUCUGGCUGCCACGUUUUCUCCGUGCUAGCCUUGGUCAAGGCCUACACACAGAUACCUAUAACAGCUGAUGUCCUCGCCGAGGCUCAGACUACGGACGCCGAACUGCAGGAGCUCCUUAAGGGGCCGUUGUCUCCAACUGGACGCUAUCGCUACUGCCUCACCGCAAUCGAUCGGUACACUCGAUGGCCUAAGGCAUGGCCCCUCGAGGGAAUCACUGCGGAAGACGUCGCCUCGGCCUUCUUCGCCGGCUGGAUUGCCCACUUCGGGCCCCCUCGCCGCGUCACCACCGACCAAGGACGACUCUUCGAAUCCCACGUUUUCCGGCUGCUUGGGCUGACCAUCGGGUUCGAACGCUCGCGGACCACCAGCGACCACCCAUGCGCCAACGGGAUGAUCGAGCGUUUCCACCGACAGUUCAAAGCAGCCAUCAUGUGCCACCCGGACUCAACCUGGCCUGAAACCAUCCCAGCCGUCACCCUAGGUCUUUGGGCCACCUUCAAGCCCAACAUUCAGGCUACACCCGCAGAGCUCGUCUACGGGGAAUCCUUCCGUCUCCAAGGCGAAUUUCUUGCUGCACCGCCAUCCACCACCGCGACGUCAGAUCCCACCGAUUUCAUCGCCCGGCUCCGACGCACCAUCGCUGCCCUCCGCCCGUCACCUGCAGCUCACCACUGUAAGACCGCCCCUUUCGGCUUCAAGGAUCUGGCAACGUGCUCGCACACUUUUCUCCGCGACGACACCGUCCGCCGGCCUUUACAGCCACCUCACAGCGGACCCUACCCAGUUCUCCGUCGCAACAACAAAACCUUCACCCUGCGCAUUAAAGGGAGCGCCGUCCGCAUCUCUAUCGACCGGCUGAAGCCGGCCUACACCGAUUCCGCCGAACCAGGGAAUACCAGUGCACCCACAGACGUCCAUCCACGACCGCCGACAUCGCCGCCUGAUUCUGUCACUACACGCAGCGGAUGUCGGGUACGCUGCCCAGAGUUUUACAAGCCCUGA